AUGGCGCCUUACUUUCUCUUCCAUUUCACUAUUGUCUCCGCUUUAUUUCUUACAACAAUCCUCAUCUCAUCCCCGGUCAUGGUAGCUGCUGGUGGCGACAGCUGGAUGCCUAUGAAGCGAUCCUGCACAGGGUCUGUAGGGGACUGCAGCACGAUAGGCGAGGAAUUCAAUAUGGAUUCAGAGAGCAACCGACGCAUACUAGCCACUACAGAUUAUAUAAGCUAUGAUGCACUGGAGAGGAACAAUGUUCCUUGCUCUCAAAGGGGUGCCUCCUACUACAACUGUGAACAAGGUGCCGAAGCUAACCCCUAUGACCGUGGCUGUAGUGCCAUUACUCGCUGUAGGAGUUAA